UUGUUAUUCUUGAAAAUUUCAGCUACACAAUAUACCAUAAUGUUUCAUAAUAUUAUGUUUAUAUUCUUCAUUUCUUUUUUGUUACUAUUUAUAAAUUGCUGUGAAGGGAAAGUGCAAUUACCAAAUAACAUGGUUGUAAAAGCAGUAUUUGCAUUUGGAGAUUCAAUUAUGGAUCAAGGAAGUAAUAAUUAUAUAGAAACUAUAGUAAAGUGUAAUUUUCUACCUUAUGGUAAGGACUUCAACGGUGGAAUGCCGACCGGAAGAUUCUGCAACGGCAAGACGCCGCCGGACUUGAUAGUUGAAGAAUUGGGGAUAAAAGAUGAUGUACCAGCUUACCUAGAUCCAAAUUUGAAAAUUGAAGAUCUCAAAACUGGAGUAAGCUUUGCAUCUGGUGGUUGUGGAUUUGACCCUCUUACGGCUACCAUCGUGUCAGCUAUACCUCUAUCAACACAAUUAAAUCAGUUUAAAGAGUAUCUUGGGAAGCUAGAAGGGCUAGUUGGGGAAGAAGAAGCCAACUAUAUUUUAAAAAAUAGCCUAUUUUUGGUGGUUGCUGGUAGUGAUGAUCUUGCAAAUACAUACUUCACUGCUGGAGUUCGACUGAAGAAGGAUAUUAACACAUAUACUGAUCUCAUGGUGGCCAAAGCUUCUGAAUUUAUCCAAGAAUUGCACAACUUGGGAGCAAGAAAAAUUGGAAUAUUUGGAAUUCCUCCAAUAGGAUGUUUGCCAUCACAGAGAACAUUAGCUGGUGGGCCACAUAGAGUGUGUUCUGAAGAGUACAAUGAAGCAGCCCAAUUGGCCAACACAAAAUUCUCUACUGCAAUUAAUUCAUUAUCCAAAACGUUGGCCCAGUCCAAGCUUGUGUUCAUAGAUAUCUACAAUCCUCUUCUUGAUCUCAUUGUCAACCCCCAAAAACAUGGAUUUGAAGUAGUUGAGAAAGGAUGUUGUGGCACGGGAAAAAUAGAGGUGACAAUAUUAUGCAAUAAAUUUAGUGGAACAUGUGAAGAUGAUACAAAAUAUUUGUUUUGGGAUAGUUAUCAUCCAACUGAGAAAGGUUACAAAAUUCUUGUUGAUCAGGUCCUCAAAAAAUAUACAAUAAUAAUAUUGGUGCAUAAGAUCAUGGUUAUAUUAUACUAUUUUGUUUAUUUAGUGUUAAUUUUUACUAUAAGGUCAUGUGAAGGGAAAGUGCAGCUACCAAAGAACGUGGUUGUAAAAGCAGUAUUUGCAUUUGGAGAUUCAAUUGUUGAUCAAGGAAAUAAUAAUUAUAUUCCAACAUUAGCAAAGUGUAAUUUUUCACCUUAUGGUAAGGACUUCAAUGGUGGAAUUCCAACCGGAAGAUUCUGCAACGGCAAGACGCCACCGGACUUGAUAGUUGAAGAAUUGGGGAUAAAAGAGGUUGUACCAGCUUAUCUCGAUUCAAAUUUGAAAAGUGAAGAUCUCAAGACUGGAGUAAGCUUUGCAUCUGGUGGUUGUGGAUAUGAUCCUUCAACAUCUACCCUCGCGUCAGCUAUACCUUUAUCAACACAAUUAAAUCAAUUCAAAGAGUAUAUUGCGAAGCUAGAAGGAUUAGUUGGGGAAGAAGAAGCCAACUAUAUUUUAGAAAAUAGCCUAUUUUUGGUGGUUGCUGGAAGUGAUGAUCUUGCAAAUACAUAUUUCACUCUUGGAGUUCGAUUGAAGCAGGAUGUUGACUCAUAUACUGAUCUCAUGGUGGCCAAAGCUACUGAAUUUCUCCAAGAAUUGUACAACUUGGGAGCAAGAAAAAUUGGGAUUUUUGGAAUUCCUCCAAUAGGAUGUUUGCCAUCACAGAGAACAUUAGCUGGUGGGCCACAUAGAGGAUGUGCUAAGAAAUACAAUGAAGCAGCCCAAUUGGCUGACAAAAAAUUCUCAAUUGGCAUUGAUUCACUAUCCAAAAAGUUGGCCCAGUCCAAGCUUGUGUUCAUAGAUAUCUAUAAUCCUUUUCUUGAUCUCAUUGUCAACCCUAAAAAAUAUGGAUUAGAAGAAGUAGAGAAAGGGUGUUGUGGCACAGGAAAUAUAGAGGUGACAAUAUUAUGCAACAAAUUCAGUGGAACAUGUGAAGAUGAUACAAAAUAUUUGUUUUGGGAUAGUUAUCAUCCAACUGAGAAAGGUUAUAGGAUUCUUGUUAAUCUAAUCUUAAAAAAAUAUGUCAACAGUUUCUUGUAGAUGAUGAGCUCAAUCAAGAUCAAGAUUAUGUAUCACCAAAUUUGUAUUACUUGGAUCAAAGGUCCAAAAAAAAAAGUGUUCAAUUAAUAGUUCAUUUAUGUAUAUCCAAGUGUUUGUGUUAGAAUCUAAUAAAAAAAUAUUAUCAUGA